AAAGGAAUUUCUGUAUUUGAAGCGAAUUCCGCCUUUGGGACAGGUACUCCCCGCCCCAGUUACAGCACGUCAUGUAUGAAGGCAAAAAGACGAAAAACAUGUUUUUAACCCGAGCUUUGGAAAAGAUCUUAGCCGACAAGGAGGUUAAAAAGGCUCAUCACUCUCAAUUGCGCAAAGCCUGUGAGGUCGCAUUAGAGGAAAUCAAAGAAGAAACUGAGAAAUUAAGUCCACCUGCUGGAGACAACAAAUCAGGUUCAAGUACUCUGCCACCAAUCAAAUCCAAGACCAACUUCAUUGAAGCAGAUAAGUACUUCUUGCCGUUUGAGUUGGCCUGUCAGUCCAAAUGUCCUCGCAUCGUCAUCACAUCCCUAGACUGUUUACAGAAAUUAAUCGCAUAUGGCCACCUGACUGGGAGUGCACCAGACAGCACCGCUCCAGGAAAGAAGUUAAUCGACAGGAUAAUCGAGACCAUAUGUGGCUGUUUCCAAGGCCCGCAGACCGACGAGGGAGUUCAGCUGCAGAUUAUAAAGGCCUUGCUCACAGCUGUCACGUCCCAGCACAUAGAGAUUCACGAAGGCACUGUGCUACAGGCUGUAAGAACAUGUUACAACAUCUACUUGGCCAGCAAGAACCUCAUUAACCAGACCACUGCCAAGGCCACCCUUACCCAGAUGCUCAACGUCAUCUUUGCUCGCAUGGAAAACCAGGCACUCCAGGAGGCGAAGCAGAUGGAGAGGGAGAGACACAGGCAGCAUUCUCCGGUCAGCCAGCAAGAGCCAGAGUCUCCUCAGCUGCAGCAGCACGCGGACCCGCCGGCCAAGACCCCGCCGCAGGAGGCCAACGGCAGGCCCGAGCACCAAGGCAGCAAGCCCGAGCAGGGCUCCCCGCCCUACGAGAGCCCCGAACCGGAGAACGGCUCCGACUUCAGCCCCGCCGAGAAUGAACAAACCGAAGCGGAUCAGGCCACCGCUGCAGCCCAAAGUAAACCUCACAGUACAGCUGAGGAGGAGGUUCCUAACUAUGAGGAGAAGGCUCAGGAGAUCGUCCAGAGCAUACUGCAAGAAGUGGUGAACACCGUUGCAGGAGAUGCCAAGGAGGGUUCGGGUGAGGCCGAGCCCCCGGAGAGCACUCCUAACUCCCUGGAGGAGGAGGGAGGCCUGGGUAGCGACAGCGAGAACGUCCACGCCAACGGCAUCCCCGGAACGCCCAUCUCGGCGAGCUUCACUCCGUCCCUGCCUGACGACAGGCUGUCCGUCUCGUCCAACGACACUCAGGAAUCUGGAGCACCUACUGGCCCUGCCCCCGGUGCAAAGUUCUCCCACAUUCUCCAGAAGGAUGCCUUUUUAGUGUUCCGUUCCCUCUGCAAGCUGUCGAUGAAGCCCCUCUCUGACGGCCCUCCAGAUCCUAAAUCCCACGAGCUCCGGUCCAAGGUGCUGUCCUUGCAGUUGCUCCUGUCCAUCCUGCAGAACGCCGGGCCUAUCUUCAAGACCAACGAGAUGUUUAUCAACGCCAUCAAACAGUACCUGUGCGUCGCUCUGUCCAAAAACGGGGUGUCCUCCGUCCCCGAGGUCUUCGAGCUCUCGCUCUCCAUCUUCCUCACCCUGCUGUCCAACUUUAAAACCCAUCUCAAGAUGCAAAUCGAGGUGUUUUUUAAGGAGAUUUUUCUGUACAUUCUAGAGACGUCCACGAGUUCAUACGACCAUAAAUGGAUGGUCAUUCAGACUCUCACCAGAAUAUGUGCCGAUGCCCAGUGUGUGGUGGACAUUUACGUGAAUUAUGAUUGUGACUUGAAUGCUGCUAAUAUAUUUGAAAGACUGGUGAAUGACCUUUCCAAAAUUGCACAAGGAAGAGGAGGACACGAGCUGGGUACAACUCCAGUUCAGGAUCUGACGCUGAGAAAGAAAGGUCUGGAAUGUCUGGUGUCCAUUCUCAAGUGCAUGGUCGAAUGGAGCAAGGAUCAAUAUGUCAACCCAAACUCUCAGACCAGCCUCGGGCAAGAAAAGCCUUCAGAGCAGGAGCCGACUGAGACCAAACAUCCAGAGACCAUUAACCGCUAUGGAAGCAUCAACUCCUUGGACUCCACGGCUUCCUCAGGCAUCGGCAGCUACAGCACACAGAUGUCGGGCACAGAUAACCCCGAGCAGUUUGAAGUCCUCAAGCAGCAGAAAGAGAUCAUAGAGCAAGGCAUUGACCUGUUCAACAAGAAACCAAAGAGGGGUAUUCAGUACCUGCAGGAGCAAGGCAUGUUGGGAACUACCCCCGAGGACAUUGCUCAGUUCUUGCACCAGGAGGAGCGGCUUGAUUCUACUCAGGUAGGAGAGUUCCUGGGGGACAACGACCGUUUAAACAAAGAAGUCAUGUACGCCUACGUGGACCAAAUGGACUUCCAGGGCAAAGACUUUGUGUCCGCGUUACGAAUGUUCUUGGAGGGCUUCCGUCUCCCCGGGGAGGCUCAGAAAAUCGACCGGCUGAUGGAGAAAUUCGCUGCUAGAUAUUUAGAAUGCAACCAAGGGCAAACGCUGUUUGCGAGCGCAGACACGGCCUACGUCCUCGCCUAUUCCAUCAUCAUGCUCACGACAGACCUUCAUAGUCCGCAGGUGAAGAACAAAAUGACUAAAGAGCAGUAUAUCAAAAUGAACAGGGGGAUUAAUGACAGCAAAGACUUGCCUGAGGAGUACCUGUCUGCCAUCUACGACGAGAUCGCCGGGAAGAAAAUAUCCAUGAAAGAGACGAAGGAAUUAACUCUCAAGUCAAGUAAACAGAGUGUAGCCAGCGAGAAGCAGAGACGGUUGCUGUAUAACGUGGAGAUGGAGCAGAUGGCGAAGACGGCCAAGGCUCUGAUGGAAGCAGUGAGCCAUGUUCAGGCCCCCUUCACCAGCGCCACACAUUUGGAACAUGUCAGGCCUAUGUUUAAGCUGGCGUGGACGCCCUUUUUGGCAGCGUUCAGUGUUGGGCUGCAGGACUGCGAUGACACCGAGGUGGCAUCUCUCUGUCUGGAGGGGAUCCGAUGUGCCAUCAGGAUAGCCUGCAUCUUCACCAUUCAGCUGGAGCGUGAUGCCUACGUUCAGGCCUUGGCCCGUUUCACUCUGCUGACGGCCAGCUCCGGCAUCACAGAGAUGAAGCAGAAAAACAUCGACACAAUCAAAACGCUCAUCACCGUAGCGCACACUGACGGGAACUAUCUGGGCAACUCGUGGCAUGAGAUCCUGAAGUGUAUCAGUCAGCUGGAACUGGCCCAGCUUAUUGGUACGGGAGUGAAGGCGCGUUACAUCUCUGGAACGGUGCGGGGGAAAGAGGGCUUCAUCACCAGCACUAAAGAACAAAGUUCUGACGAAUAUCUGGGCCUGGUUGGAGGGAACGUGGAUCGUAAGCAGAUUGCCAGCAUACAAGAGUCUAUCGGAGAGACCAGCUCUCAGAGCGUGGUGGUCGCUGUAGACAGGAUAUUCACAGGUUCCACCAGAUUGGACGGUAAUGCUAUCGUUGACUUUGUGCGCUGGCUGUGCGCUGUGUCCAUGGAUGAGCUUGCCUCUCCCACACACCCUCGCAUGUUCAGCCUGCAGAAGAUAGUGGAGAUUUCCUAUUACAACAUGGGCCGCAUCAGGCUGCAAUGGUCCAGGAUAUGGGAAGUCAUCGGAGACCAUUUCAACAAGGUCGGCUGUAAUCCCAACGAAGACGUGGCUAUUUUCGCCGUGGACUCGCUACGACAGCUCUCCAUGAAAUUCUUAGAGAAAGGAGAACUGGCCAAUUUCCGAUUCCAAAAGGAUUUUCUCCGGCCUUUCGAACACAUCAUGAAAAAGAACAGGUCUCCUACCAUCAGAGACAUGGUGGUACGCUGCAUCGCUCAGAUGGUGAACUCACAGGCCGGGAACAUCCGCUCCGGAUGGAAAAACAUAUUCUCCGUCUUUCACCUGGCCGCCUCCGACCAGGACGAGAGCAUUGUCGAACUUGCCUUCCAGACCACUGGACAUAUCGUCACUGACGUGUUUGAGAAGCACUUUCCUGCCACCAUUGACUCCUUCCAGGACGCAGUGAAAUGUCUGUCUGAAUUUGCGUGUAACGCCUCCUUCCCUGACACCAGUAUGGAGGCCAUCCGACUGAUCCGCCACUGUGCCAAAUACGUGUCUGACAGGCCCCAGGCUUUCAAAGAUUACACAAGUGAUGACAUGAAUGUAGCACCUGAGGACCGCGUGUGGGUCCGUGGUUGGUUCCCCAUUCUCUUUGAGCUCUCCUGCAUUAUCAACAGGUGCAAGCUGGACGUGAGAACCAGAGGCCUGACCGUGAUGUUUGAGGUGAUGAAAACAUACGGACACACGUACGAGAAACACUGGUGGCAAGACCUGUUCCAAAUCGUUUUCCGAAUAUUCGACAACAUGAAGCUACCCGAGCAGCAAACUGAGAAAGCGGAGUGGAUGACCACUACAUGUAACCACGCACUUUAUGCCAUCUGUGACGUCUUCACACAGUACUUUGAGGCCCUGAGUGAUGUUCUUCUGGACGACAUCCUCUCUCAGCUCUACUGGUGUGUCCAGCAAGAUAAUGAGCAGUUGGCGAGAUCGGGCACUAACUGUUUGGAAAACGUGGUGAUACUGAAUGGAGAGAAGUUUACACCUGAGACCUGGGACAAGACCUGUAACUGUAUGCUGGACAUCUUUAAAACUACCAUCCCACACGCGCUCCUCACAUGGAGACCAGCAGGUACAGAGGGGGAUCAUACGGCACAGCUGGAGUCAGACAAACAGCUGGACUCCAUUUCCCAGAAAUCAGUAGACAUUCAGAGUCGUUCUGAGGACCAGCAGUCCGUGAGCAGUGCAGAAAAGUCAUCCGGUGAAACCCGUCGGCAAAGUCAGUUCAGCGUCGCCUCGGGCACGUAUGAGGACGGCUCCAGAGGCAGGACCCCAGCCAAGAUACAGGAGCAGAGGUUGUUUGCUGCUCUCCUCAUUAAGUGUGUAGUUCAGCUGGAACUCAUCCAAACCAUAGACAACAUCGUCUUCUUCCCAGCCACGAGCAAGAAGGAGGACGCUGAGAACUUUGCAGCUGCUCAGAGAGACGCUCUGGACGCUGACGUCCACGUGGAAACGCAGGAUCAGGGAAUGUAUCGCUUCCUGACCUCUGAGCAGCUCUUCAAACUGCUGGACUGCCUGCUGGAGUCCCACCGCUUCGCCAAGGCCUUCAACUCCAACAACGAGCAGAGGACCGCCCUCUGGAAGGCCGGUUUCAAAGGGAAGUCCAAGCCCAAUUUACUGAAACAGGAGACCAGCAGCCUCGCCUGCGGCCUGCGCAUCCUGUUCCGCAUGUACACGGACCCCAGCCGACAAGACGCGUGGGAGGAGGUCCAGAGACGACUGCUCAAUGUGUGCAGUGAUGCAGUUGCCUACUUCCUCACUCUGACAUCUGAGAGCCACAGAGAGGCCUGGACCAACCUGCUUCUCCUCUUCCUCACCAAAGUGCUGAAGAUCAGUGAUGACAGGUUUAAGGCACACGCAUCCAGAUAUUACCCUCUGCUGUGCGAGAUCAUGCAGUUCGACCUGAUCCCGGAGCUGAGGGCCGUGCUGCGCAAGUUCUUCCUGCGCAUCGGCAUGGUUUUCCAAAUCGCCCAGGCGCUGGAGCCGGAAGCACAGCCGGAGGAGAGGGAGCCAGAGCAAACCCCCAGCAAGUGCACCUCUCAGGAGGCCUGAGACAAAGAAAACGACAGUGCCUCCAAACUCACGACCUCCAGACAAGGGGGAAAUGAAA